AUGGCAGGAGCACUAGUGUACAUAGACAGGUGGCUGCCAAGACACUUGCCUAAAAUAAUAAUUAGGUUAAUUUUGUCGUGUUAAUUGAUAAUUUUAGUGCAUUUGGGGGGGGGGGGCAAAAUGAGUGGACGUGAGUGCAGUGAUGAUGGCAAUGAUGGAGAUCGCGUCGAUGAUGCAGUGGAUCCACGAGUGCAGAUUGAACUUGAAAGGCUGAACACUGCAACUGACGAUAUAAAUAAACUUGAAGUUGAUUUGGACGAUGCCAGGGCGACUUUCCGAAAAUUACUAUGUGAAUCGCGAAUAACAAUCAACACAAUGGCAAAAAAACUCGGUUCAUGCAUCGAAAAGUCUCAGCCUUAUUAUGACAGUCGUUUCAAAGCCAAAGAAGCACUCAGAGAUGCUCAAAAAGCAGCAGUCAGGUUUGAGAGGGCCAAUGGCCAACAUGCAGCUGCUAAAGAAAUGGUCUACCUGGCUGAGGAGGGCCUCAGGAUGGAGGGGAGGUCCUUUGAUCAUGCUUGGCAGGAAAUGUUGAAUCAUGCCACAGAGAGAGUCAAUGAGUCUGAGCAUGAGAGAGCUCUGUCUGAGGCUGAACACAGACACAUGACUGCACUGUACCACAAUGCAGAGCACAACGUUCAACGAUUGCAAUCAGAGCUCAAACGAUCGAUAGCUAAAUCCAGUAUGGAUGCACGUCGCAGCUUGCUUCUGAUAAACAGUAUCGCCUACAGGCACACCCUGUUAUUAUUGCCUUUUUACGAAAUGAAAGCUCAGUUCAACCAAGUGGUGGAGAAGCAAAAGACUCGAGUUACCGAGCUUGAACGUUCAGUUACUGAAGCCAAGAUGACCUACGCUGAAGCACUGCGAAAUUUAGAGAAAAUAAGUGACGAAAUUCAUCGUACAAGACAGUACGAUGGAACUAGUGAAAAACCAAAUGCUGAAAAGAAUAAUCCAACGACAUCGUCUUCAGACUCCAGUGUGACAGGCUCGCCCGACAGUACUGACUACACAAGCGACGAAUAUCUUCAACUCCCUGAAAAAAUGAGUCCUACGAAUAGCUGUCCAAUUCCAAAAAAAGUCGAGCGCGAGCCCUCCCCGGAGUACCUAGGCCUCACAACUAUCAACAUGUCCUCCACGGAGCCCCGAAAAUACAUAAAACGUGAAAAUCGUCCGAGAAUCUCAGGCUGCUGUACAUCGACCUCUUCUCCCUCAACGCAAAGUUUUCAGCAAAAAAUUGAGGUUAUGUCCGAACGAAAAAUCGAUGAGGCCAAGGGGGAGGAGUGUCACAGGGGGCAGAACGGUGAUGAGUGGACAGAGAUUAGUUUGAAUAACUCGCCGGAUGAGAUUUACUACAAUAACGAUGUUUACUCCGACGAGGAGGAUCAACAGAUACCGUACAAACCGUUGCCAAGUGAAUUGAGCCCAGACUCUGGGACUGCUUCCAUUAUCUCCGGACCUCGUCAGUCUAAUAGUGCACGAAACAGGAGACUCGUUAAUCAGCAGUCAUUGCCUGUAGAUUGGAGUGGUGAUGGUGAUGGAACUGAGGGGAGAAAUAGUGGGACUGAAGCGAUGGAGAAAAAUAUAUCUGGAAGGAAUCGUGGAAAAUUGGAUAGUAGUUUGGCCAACUGGAUAUCAAGGAGCUCAGCCGCCAACAGUGGAGCGAGCUGUGGAAGUUCUUCGAAUUCAAGUAGAAGACAAUCUCUAGAUGUACUGUGGAGUGUUGGUCCGGGGGAGAGGGUUAAGGAGUUGUUGAAUCAUGGAAUGAUGAUACUUAACAUAUCUAGUCUGACUGAGCGACGUUCUAGUGAGCCUAGGCUGGUGGAGAAGGUUGAGAGGCUCCAGAAAGAUGAUAAAGGGGAGUUCAAGGGAAAGAAAGUACCUUCGCCGUUGGAAAAAACUAUGACCUAUCUCAAUGCUGAUGAGGAGACGUCUGACAGUGAAAGCUUAGCCAGUGUUGAAAUGCUGUCCGAGGAUCAGAUAUCAUCGUUGAUGAUGGAGACUGACAUUAACCAGGUAUGUGAGGAGGUGCUCGGUACGCCUUUGGUAGAGGUCUGUCCACUGCUCCAAGAAUUGCAGCGAGAACACUGAACCAUGUCGGAAAAGCCUUGAGUGGUUAUGGUUUUGUUUCCAAUAGUUUAAGGGAAUUACGGAAUUUAUUAAUUAGCCAACAAUUAUUCAAUAUUAAAAAUUAAUCUAAAUUUACGAGAAGAAUGUAGAGAUUAGCACUGAAACGCAUUUAUUGAAUAAUCACUAACGAUAAUGAUUCUUUGAUUUUCAUUAUCAUUGAGUGGUAAAUUAGUUGAUUACGUAGAGUCAUUUGUUAUUAAUUCCAUUGAAAAAUGCGAAGUUUAUCGUCAAUAAUCAAAAUGAGUAGCUGUACACUUGUCAUUAUUAUCAUUCGUACAAUUUCGUGGUUAAUGUUUAAUUGGUAAUGGGGUUGUUUUGAGAAAUCUAAUUUAUUUAUUUGUUUGAAAUAAUGAUUCGUGAGGUUUUUAUAUUUUUUAUGUUUAUUUAUUGUAUUUUUAUGUCUAAUUGUCAAGUUUAGACGAUCGAUUUGAAUUAUUGGGGCCGAGGUAACAAAAAUGGCCCAUGUCCAAUUAAAAUUAGUUUAAUUAAAAAAAGUGGACGGAAAAAAUGCGACAAAUUUUCUUCUUUAUAACCAAAAGAAACACUGGAAAACAUUGAUUCCACGAUUAAGGAACGUGGGCGAGCUAGUCAGAAGGGUCAAGGGGUUAUCUUCUCCUAUUUCAAUCUAACCUCCAUUGUGCCUCGGUCCUUAUGGUGUCAAAAGGGAUUUAUGCGUCGAAUUUUAUCGAAUAUUGAGAAUAGAAUGAAGAAUUUCUUGUGAACUUGUACUUCAUUGCGCUAGUUUGACAUAAUAAGUAAAAUCAAUUGUAUAAUAUUGUAAAUGUGGCUGUAAAAUUACUUGUAAAUACUGCGAAAGAGUAACAAUAAAAAAUAUUCAUCAAGA